AUGUCUCCAGAAAGGAUUCCUUCCGAGACCUCCCCGUUGCUGGGUCCCCAAAGCAAUGUCUCUACCACGGGGGCUAUUCCCAACCUUGGCCGUCAGGAUGUUGAGUCCGGCGAGCAGACUCUUCCGCCCCAGGAGGACCAGGCCAAAGAUGCUUCCGAGGCCGGGAAGGGCCUAAGGUAUAUCAUUCCGGCUAUCUCUCUGGGAGUAUUCCUCUCCGCAGCCGACCAAACCAUCAUUAUGGCCAGUUAUGGGCAGAUUGGCAGUGACUUGGAGGCCCUCAACCUGACCAGCUGGAUCGCCACCUCCUACUUUCUGACUUUGACCUCGUUUCAGCCGCUCUACGGCAAAUUGAGUGAUAUCUUUGGUCGCAAAGCAUGUCUCUUGUUCGCAUAUGCCAUCUUCGGCAUCGGUUGCUUGUUCUGCGGUCUUGCGCAGAACAUUGAUCAGCUCAUCGCUGCACGCGUUUUCCAAGGUAUUGGUGGCGGCGGUAUGACCACCGUCGUGAGUAUCCUGAUGAGUGACAUUGUUCCUCUCCGGGAUCGGGGUGUUUGGCAGGGCGUGAUCAAUAUCAUCUAUGCGACGGGCUCCGGUAUAGGUGCCCCUCUAGGUGGUAUCUUAUCCGACUUUAUCGGCUGGCGAUGGGCCUUUAUCGCUCAAGUCCCCUUGUGCAUUCUCGCCUUCAUCGCCGUGACUGUCAUGCUCGACCUCCCCGCCCAGGAAGACAGCCACUGGAAGACGAAAUUGCGCCGUAUCGACUUUCCCGGCGCCAUCGUCCUUGUCGGCGCAGUCUUCGGCUUCCUCCUCGGUCUGGACCGUGGCAGCAACGUCUCCUGGACAAUGCCGAUUACCAUCGUUUCUCUGAGCGUCUCCACAGCUCUCUUCGCUCUCUUCAUUAUUAUAGAGGUAUUCUACGCUGCCGAACCAUUCGCCCCCGGCCACAUCAUUUUCAACCGGACCUUCUUCGCCGCAUACGCUUGUAACUUCUUCAGUUUCGGCGGCUGGCUCGCCGCCCUGUUCUACAUCCCUCUCUUCUUCCAAGCCGUCGACGGCGUCUCCGCCACCGUUGCCGGUCUUCGACUUCUCCCUAGCAUCAUCUCCGGCGUCAGUGGCUCCCUCUUCGCCGGCUACAUCAUGAAAUGGACGGGCAAAUUCUACUGGCUCACCAUUGCCGCAUACACCGGCCUCACGAUAGGCCUUACCACCAUCUUCAUGGCCUCUGGUGCAGUCACCGAGAACACCACCGUCCUAGUACUAGGCAUGGUCGGUUGCGCCUUUGGAAACGGCAUCGGUGUGACUUCUACCUUAAUCAGUCUCAUCUCCAACUCCACACCCGAAGACCAAGCCGUCGUGACAGCCUGCUCCUACCUCUUCCGCUCCCUCGGCUCCGUCAUCGGCCUCUCCCUCUCCUCAACAGUCGUUCAGCAACUCCUCCGCGAACGCCUGCACUUUGCCCUCCGCGACAGCAAAGAUAUCGAUAAGAUUGUCGACGGUGUCCGUCAAAGUCUCGACUUCAUUAAGACCCUGGAUCCGACUACCGCGAAGAUCGUGCGUAGCUGUUAUGGCUGGGCCACGAAUAAGGGCUUCGCAUUCUUGGUUGGGGUUGUGUUUUGUGCGUUGAUUAGCAGUUUCUUUAUCAGAGAGAAGAAGUUGUCGCGGUAG